AUGCCGCGGUUUAAUCGCCAUGAGCAGCUUCCGCUGCAUAUAAAGCGCGCAUUAUGCGCGCAUCACGUCGAGCACCCCCUCCUGCGUCACGUAGAUCUCGCCCGCUGGGUUUACGCCCAGUAUGGCCUGCGACCUGACCGCUCCACGGUCGGCCGCAUCCUGAAAAAUGCCGAUCGUUGGGCGCUCACCGAACCCACUGCCGCCAAUCAAGUGCGCCGUCGAGGUGGCGCAUGGCCUGAGCUUGAGCAGGCCAUGGCGCGCUGGAUCGCUAACGCUGGCCCCGCGGGCGUACCACUCACUCUGCAGACGAUCCGCGACCACGUGGCGACCAUGGCGCGCAACAUGGGCAUUCCGCCCGUGUUCCGUUGCUCCAUUGGCUGGGUUCGCCGUGCGUUGCGGCGCCAGGGAGUACGAUGCCGUGCCGCCACCGGCGAGGCGGCGAGCGCCGACAUGGCUGCUGUGCGUGAAGCGCGUGAGAAGGUGCCGCAGCUUCUUACUCACCUCGGCUACAAGCCGCGCGACACCUUCAAUCUUGACGAGACCGCGCUGUGGCUCUCUGUGCUGCCUCGGAAAACAUACAGCAACGCGCGCAUUCCCGGGCGCAAGGUCUCAAAGGACCGGCUGACCGUGACGUUUCUCGUCAACGCCGACGGGAGUCAUGUUUUCCGGCCGUUAGUCAUCAGCAAGGCGCGCCGUCCUCACGACUUCCGGCCGGACUACGACCCCGAAUCCGUUUGCUACUGGCGGCACAACGCUAAGGGUUGGAUGACCAGCCCGUUGUUCACGCAUUUCAUCUCGCAGCUCAAUGCCGCGAUGUAUGCCGAAGGGCGGCACAUCGCGGUGCUGCUCGACAAUGCAAGCUCGCACAUGCUGCGGGACGAGAGCGGGUGGAGCGAAAUUGUGUGCGGCAUGAGGACGACCUGCCUGAGCAACGUGCGCCUCAUCUUCCUGCCGCCUAACACUACCGCCUUCACGCAGUCCCUCGACCAGGGCAUAAUCGCCACUGCGAAGACCCGCUACCGCCAGCACUGGCUGCGGGCCUUCACGGCACUGUGGAACGACGACGGCGCCACAAGCGCCGUCGCCCACUACCGCCCCAAUCUGCGCGACGUGCUGGGGUGGCUCUCCGACGCUUGGAUGAGUGUCGGUGCGCGCACCAUCCAGAGGUGCUGGUGGCGCACGGGCUGCCUGCCUCUGUCGUGGUCCAUGGAGCUCACUCAUGUGCACGAUGAUGAGCCGACCCCCCAUGCUUACCCCGACAUUGAGCUCGACGACGACAUCGACGACGUCGGCGAGCUCAUAAUGGGACUCGGCCUAGGCACCGGCGCGAUGACCGCCGCCGAGUACGUCGCGAUCGACGAAGGCGAGCCGACGUGCGCGGAGCCGGGGGCGGAGCCGACUCCGGAUGAUGCGGACGUGGGCCGUGUGGCGGAGCUAUGGAGGGCGCCGACCACGAUGCAGGCGGUGUAUGACGACUCCGACCCCGUGGGCCGUGAAGCGCGGCGCACGGCACGGGCGGCCUGCGAGAUGCUCAUCGGCUAUGCCCGCGCCGUGAGCGUGACCCCGCGCGACCUUUGCCACCUCUUCGACAUUCGUAAUCCAAUCAUCAUUGAGCGCAUGGAGCGGGCAAGCCCCGCGCUCACUCUCAACACGGCCCCGCCGCCCAGGCUUUCGCCUGCCGCAACUCCGACAGCAGACACCCCGCGUCCGCGGGGCCGAGUGCUGCCUGGCUGGAUGACCCAGCCGUCCCGCCGUCAGCAGCUUCUGGACGGCGGGGUUGGCGCCGCGAUGGGCGGGUACGUGGAGGCGGCUGAGUGGAUGCAGCUUGUUGGGAUUGUGCACAUAGCGGGCAAAUUUGCUGUAGAGGGGACGAUGUUGAGCUCGGGGGCUCCGGAUGGUCCCAUACCUUCGUCUUCAUGCAAGAGCAUCGAGUGUCCGCCGUACGAGCUAGUGCACGAAGAGUCGGACUUCCAGAUUCGACGCUACAGGAGCAGCGUCUGGGCCGAGACGGACCCUAUUAACGAGGUGUCUUUUAAGAAAGCCGUUUACGCUGGCUUCCACAGGCUGUUCCAGUACAUUCAGGGUCGCAACGAGGAUGGCGUCACCAUCCCGAUGACAGCUCCCGUCCUUACCACCAUCAAACCCUCCGGCGGUCCUUUUUGUGCUUCCACCUUCCUCGUCCGUUUCCUCGUACCGAAGAACUUCGCCGAGAGUCCCCCCAAGCCGUCUUCCGCGCUCAACCUGCACAUCCGUCGCGCGCCGUCGCUCUGCGUCGCCGUGCGAACCUUCUCCGGAUUCGCGACUGAUUUCAACGUCGCUCAGGAGGCGGCGAAUCUUGGCGACAGCCUGGCGAAUACAGCGUGGGCGAAUGUUACUGCAGCUUUGGGAGGAGAGGCGUACAGCAUUGCGGAGUAUAACUCGCCGUUUGAGCUGAUUGGACGAGUGAACGAGAUAUGGGUGCCGUUUAGGGAGGCUGAAGGGGAGCAGGAUAAGUGCACUCCUUAG